CAUUACAGAGAGCUAGCUAGCUAGCUUGAUUAGGUGAGUAGGGGCGGGCUGCAGUGCGCAUUCAUGGCGUUAUCUGUGGAGAAGUGGGUAGGGCUCGGGUCGGCCAUGGCUGGCUUCGGCUUGCUUUGGUCGAGGAUGCCAGAGCACGUCCAUGAUGAGGCUAGGCACAUCAUCAGUAGCUUGGUUCCCAUGGUGAUGUCCUACUUCAACCCCUAUGAGCAGAUCACCAUCUCCAAGUACGGUGAAGAGCGGUUCCGUCGGAACAAAAUGUUCGACGCCGUCUCCACCUACCUGACAAGGGCGUGCUUGGAUUAUGCAAGCAAGCUCAAGGCCCAGCUCGGCAACAACAACAAGGACGACCCGCUUAUCAGUCUGGACGACAACCAGGAGGUCGUCGACUACUUCGACGGAGCCCACAUGUGGUGGAGGCUGUGCCCCAAAUCCGCCAAGAAAAGGGGGGACACCGUCAUCAGCCUCUUGCCUGGGGACUCCGACGAGCCUCCGUGCUACAGGCUGGUGUUUCACAAGCGCCACCGCAAACUUGUGCUCGACUCCUACCUGCCCAGCGUCGUCCGGCAGUGGCACGAGCUAAUCGCCACGAACCGGCAGAGGCAACUCUUCACCAACCACUCCCAAGAAGGGAAGAGUGUGUGGACCAAUGUCCAGUACAAUCCCCCGGCGACGUUCGACACGCUCGCCAUGGACCACAGCAAGAAGGUCGAGAUCAUGGAGGAUCUCACGGCAUUCCGUAAGGCCAAGGAGUACCACUCCAAGGUCGGCAAGGCGUGGAAGCGGGGAUACCUCCUGCAUGGGCCGCCGGGCACAGGCAAGUCCACCAUGAUCGGCGCUAUGGCCAACUUCCUCAAGUAUGAUGUAUACGACCUCGACCUAACAUCCAUCAAGGACAAUGCCGAGCUGCGGAAGCUCUUCCUUGAUACGACGGACAAAUCCAUCAUCGUUAUCGAGGACAUCGACGCGAUCGAGGUCGAACUCACCACCAAGCGGAAGGGCAAGGAGGCACCCCAAGGGAAGGACGACAAGCACGUGGUGAUAGAGCUGUCCGACAAGAAUAUAGACAAAGGCAAAGUGACGCUGUCGGGGCUGCUCAGCUUCGUCGACGGGCUGUGGUCGGCCUGUGGCAGCGAGCGGAUCUUCGUGUUCACCACGAACCACGUUGACCGGCUCGACCCGGCGCUGAUCCGGCGGGGUAGGAUGGACAGGCGCAUCGAGAUGUCAUACUGCCGGUUCGAGGCCUUCAAGAUGCUCGCUAAGAUCUAUCUAGACAUCACUGAGCAUUCACUGUUCGGUGAAAUCGAGCAACUGCUCGAUGAGAUCGACACAACUCCGGCAGACGUUGCUGAUAACCUCAUGCCGCAGGGCAAGAGGAACGGUGAAAUCGAUCGAUUGCUCGAGGAGGUGAAUGGGGCAUCGGCAGACGCGGCCGGUAACCUCAUGCUGCGGGUCAAGAGGAGGAGAGAAGCAGAUGACUGCUUGGCAGGUUUAGUGGAAACACUGAAGAAGGCCAAGAUGAAAGCCGCAACAUCUCCUAUGGAUUCAACGGCACAAGAAAGUUAGACAGGGGGGCAGAUAUAUAAUAAGGGUUGCUAGAUCUUUGUCUUGUGCUAUUUUACAUAAUGUUAGUGCGUGUUUUAGUCACUUAAGCUUGGAUACGUCAUAACCUCAAGUGCUACUUAUGUUCUGUACCUUUCAAACUUUGAUAAAU